ACCAAAGAUAAACAAAAAACCUUCUCCUAACGAAGAUCAACAAAAAGAUCAAGAGAUGGAUAAUGCCGAAGCAUUCUUCAUUUGUGAGAUUUGUACAGAACAAGUUCCAUUGCAACAAAUUUUCAAGAGCGACCAACAAAAAUCGACAAAACCGAUGAACAAAAACAAGAAGAGAAGAAGAUCAUUUGCAUCUUCAUCACCACCGUGCGCACAUCCGUUCUGCACUGACUGCAUUGCGAAAUACAUUCAAGUAAUGGUUGAAGAAAGCGAUAAACCAGAUAUAAUAUGUCCUGACAUGAAUUGCGUGAAUGUCUUGGACCCUCUAUCAUGCCGUUCAUUUAUUCCUCCAAAGGUAUUUGUCAGAUGGUGUGAUUAUUUAUGCAAAUCAACAGUUUGUGAAAGGUACGAUACAGCUUACUGUCCCAAUCCUUAUUGCUCAGAGUUGGUUUUGAAUGUAUGUAAACGUCGUUUAAGACAACCAAGACAUCUCUUCUGGAGACGAUGGUUAACAAGGAACGAAAACAAGAUGAUAUCAAAAUGCCCACAUUGUAAGCUGCUGUUUUGUCUAAGAUGCAUGGUUCUAUGCCAAGACAAUCAUCAGUGCGUUAACGGUAUUAGUGGUAGUAUUAGUAGAAAGGUUAAGCGAGCAAAUGAGGCUAAGUUCAUGCAGAUGGUUGCAAGCAAAAAAUGGAAGAGAUGUCCAACCUGCAAGAUUUAUAUAGAUCGCUACGAGGGUUGUCCUCACAUUGAAUGCAGAUGUGGGACGGAAUUUUGCUACGAAUGUGGAAAGACAGAAUAUCUAUGCGUUUGCUACCAAGCAAUAAGAACGGUGGUACAUGGCCGAGGAGAAGAUCAUCAACGAGCAAUUAGAGUUUCUUGUUUUGUUAGACCCUUGAUUUUUACAGUAAAGUCUUUGCUUCAACGGCAUCGGUCUCGUUUGUCUUGUUCUACUAUAGAAAGGGGAAUCUAGCUAGUCUAGUGUAGUGUAGCUGUAUUUGGUCAUUUGAUGUUUAGACCCAUAAAUGUGUAAAGCUCUGAUCCGUUCUUUGUUGCAAUGAAGUAGCGCGCUUAACCGAUCAAUCCAACUCUUUAC